GCUGUUCUUCUUCUUCCCUGCAGCCGGCAAGGAAACCCAGCCAAGCCGACAGCACUCCCUUGAGAAAACCGGUAAAAGCUUGGGGAUUUCUCCUUCUUUUCUUGCUCUAGAACACAUAUAGAACCCAGAAACUUCCCCCCCCUCCAGAGAAUUUCCGGAUCUGCUUUGCUCUGUUCCUCACCAUCGGCUGCUCCUGCUUUGUGGGGGCGAAUUGCUCUGGUUUUUGGUUUCCCCUGAAUUUUCUGCACUUCCCGCCGGCCUCCCCAAGCCACAACUCUGGUUUUUUGCUGGAUUUUUGGUUCCUGAUCGUUCUGUCAGUUUAGCACUAAGAUUGAGUCCUCAGUUUUAUGCGAGUGAGGAAGCGAAAUCGAGAACGGGGAAACCAUGGGAAGUGACGAGUUAGAAGGCUAGUCAUUUCAAGAUUGAUAUAGAUUUUAGAAAUAAAUCAUGCUUUUGUAAGAUAGAUUUUACCUUGAAUUUAUGAGAUCAAAACAGAUUUCAGUCAUUAGAUCAAUUACUUGGAUUUAAGUCAUUUUGGAUAUAGAAAUAAAUUGAGAUGUUUGAUUUAAGUUAUGGAGUGGUAUCAGAUUGUGGUAUGAUAAGUUUCGAGCCUUGUGCAUUUAUGGGUUCCUCUCACGAGUGCACGGCGUUUGUCACGCCUCGGAUUCAGGUUCUGGGGCGUGACAGUGACAUAGGGGUUUAAAGGCUUGUUGCACAUGCUAAAUGCAAUCGUGAUUCCUACGAAAGUAAAUUAGGUUUUAUUUUUUUUUUUUUGUUUCUUUUGUUUUUUUUAUUUUACUCAAGGAAGAGUAAAACUUAAGUUUGGGG